CGUUUGUUUUACUGUACCUGCGUGUGUUUAAAAAAUAAUCGGCGCAUCAUGUGAUAGUUCCCGUCAUUUCCCUGUUUUGUGCGGACAUCCAACCCGUCCGACCGGAUCAUUUGUGUCAGACCUCGCUUUAAAAUGGGAGCCUUAGCAGUGGCGUCUCUGCUGGCUCUGAUUCUGCUGGUGGACUUCAGCAGGGCCAAGUACGACCCGACGUGGGAGUCCAUCGACUCCAGACCGCUGCCAGAGUGGUUCGACCAGGCUAAGUUCGGCAUCUUCAUACACUGGGGGGUGUUCUCUGUGCCGAGCUUCGGCAGCGAGUGGUUCUGGUUUUACUGGCAGAAACAAAAGGUGAAGGCCUACGUCGAUUUCAUGCAGAAAAACUACCCUCCAGACUUCAAGUACCAGGAUUUUGCACCACAGUUUACAGCCGAGUUCUUCGAUGCCAAAGAGUGGACGGACAUAUUUGCCGCGUCGGGGGCCAAAUACAUCGUGCUGACCACAAAGCACCACGAAGGUUUUACACUUUGGGGCUCGAAAAACUCCUGGAACUGGAAUGCCGUGGACGUGGGGCCAAAGCGAGACCUGGUGGAUGAAGUGGCGACCGCCGUGCGCGCCCACGGGGACAUUCGUCUAGGGCUGUAUCACUCCCUGUUUGAGUGGUUUAACCCGCUCUUUGAGCUGGAUGCUGCCAACCUCUUCGCUACGACCUACUUCCCUACCGCUAAAACUCUCCCCGAGCUUUACGAGCUUGUCGGGAAGUACAAACCGGAGGUGCUGUGGUCCGACGGAGAUGGAGAUGCGCCCGACAAGUACUGGAACAGCACGGGCUUCCUGGCCUGGCUCUACAACGACAGUCCAGUGCGAGACACCGUGGUGACGAACGACAGGUGGGGCUCCGGAUCCAUCUGCAAACACGGCGGAUAUUACACCUGUAGUGACCGCUACCAGCCAGGACACCUGCUCAAACACAAAUGGGAAAACUGCAUGACCAUCGACACCAAGUCCUGGGGCUACAGGCGAAACGCUCCUCUCAGUGACUACCUCACCAUCGAGCAGCUUGUGGCGACGCUGGUGGAGACCGUCUCCUGCGGAGGCAACCUGCUGAUGAACGUGGGCCCCACGCACGACGGAAGAAUCGGUCCAAUCUUCGAGGAGCGCCUCAGGCAGAUGGGCCAGUGGCUGAAGGUGAACGGGGAGGCCAUCUACAACACGACGGCGUGGCGGGCUCAGAAGGAGAACGCCACUAACAACGUGUGGUACACGUCCAAACCUCAGGAAAAGGCGAUCUUUGCCAUUUUACUGGCGUGGCCGGAUGAUGGAUCGGUGAUUCUGAAUGAACCGGUGGUUACAAAGGAACAGACUAAGGUGGAGCUUCUCGGUUACGGCUCUCUGCAGUGGGAGCCAGCGAAGCCCAGCGGACUGCAGGUUAUUCUGCCUCAGCUGUCCUUCAAACAGAUGCCGUGCCAGUGGGCCUGGACUCUGAAGCUGACAGGUGCCUCCUGAAGGAAAACGACUCGAGCUUGAGCUGGAGCAGCACAGCAGGCCUGGAGAGAGACUAUUCGCUCUCUUGCUCAAAUGACUACUAUGAAUAUUUUUUUGUUUUUGUUUUUUAAUAUGCAUAAAAAUCUAGGUUUGAAGAAUAAACUUGCUGGAUUUUUAGUGAUUUGCACUUGUGACAAUUUGCUUAGAGAAUUGUCUUUUAAAAAAUCUAAUGCAGGAAAUCAAUUAUAAACUGCACACAUUUCUACAGAUUUCUGCAGUUGUUAAGAAAUGUAUUUACUAUUUGAUAAAAAUAUAUUUUUUACAAUGCCACUUGUUCUGGUCAUUCUCCUUUUUCUAUGUGAAUCAUUAAAAAAAUAAUCUGAUGGAAAA